AUGACGAUGGGGGAUUACCGGCAAGGCUACGCGGACAACAGAGCCACGGCUGAGACGCCACGCCGCGAGGACAGGGCGGAGAGGCGACGACACGAGCAUAGCCCUGAGGGCUUCACGUACGAAUUUCGAGACGUCGACCUCACGAAUGGCGAGAGGGGGGGCGGUGUGGCCCGGCCGAUGAAGAGGAGGCGCUUCUGCCCGGCGUGGAUUCACGACGGAGACGGCAUCGACGACCAAGGCUGGAAGCCCUUCUCCAUGACGACGCCCGUCCUGCUGUCCCUGGCGCUCCUCUCGCUGCUCGUCGCCGCGGGCAUCGAGACGCUCGCGCAGCGCAGCGCGGCCCGCGGCGGGCUCGCCCUGGCCCCCACGCAGGACGACAUCCCCGCCGCCGCCAUGUUCGCGUACCAGUACGUGCCCAACGUGGCCGCCGCCGUGUACAGCCUCGUCUGGAACUGGGUCGACCUCGACGUCAAGCGCAUGCAGCCGUGGUUCGAGCUCAGCAGGCCCGACGGCGCGCGGGGCGAGGACUCGCUGCUGCUGGAUUAUCCGGUCGAGUUUCUGGCGUUUGUGCCGCUGAAGGCGGCGAAGAAGAGACACUGGCCGGUGUUUCUGUCGGGAACCAUCAUGAUGCUCGUCUUCUGGGUCAUCACGCCGCUGCAGAGCGCCAUCCUCGGUACCGGUGUCGUGCAUCGGACGAGUCCCAUGACCAUCGUCAACAGGUCAACGCUCUUGCCUCUGGCUGAACAAGCGGACAGGAUAGAUCCCAAGGCCCUGAUGAUUGGAUACUCCAUGGGGUGGCUGAAUGGGACAGCGCCCAAGUUUACAACGCCGGAAUACGCUCUCCUGCCGUUUUAUGUCGACAAUGAUCCUGCACCGAACGGCUCCACCAGGAAUUGGACUGCAACAACAACAAAGCUGACUGCAGAGCUAGACUGUUGGCCCGCAGAGACAUCUUUCCGAUCGAGACAACUGAGCGUGGCUGACUUCUUGAACGGGCAAGGGUGUAACGCCUCCGUCAUUCUCUUUGACGACGAGUAUCGUGUUCAGAUGCAGUUCAUCGGAUACUGGGGGAGCGCCUAUUCGAGUUACUUCCUGGCAGGUCCCGACUGCCCGAACACGACCGAUACUGUCCACCAGUUUCUUCUUCUUUGGACAAGGUCGCCACAGAAGCCGGUACCUGGCCGCGAAUCCAAUAUCACCGCCCUUUAUUGUCAGAGCCAUUACUACAAGCAAGACGUCAGGGUCACCAUCAACUCCCAGACCAAGCUUGCGGAUCCAAAUUCUUUUCAAAAUUUGACUGAGAGGACCGUAUUGACGGAAAAGGAGUUCAACGCGACGGCAUUUGACUACCUUGUGGCCAACGGCAUGGAUCAAGGGGCUGAAGCGAGGGAGAGAGAUGAGCCUUACAAGAUCGUCGUCGAGCAGAGUCCAAGGCUGGAACAUUAUAACCUGACGCAGUUCCCGGAUCCAGCUAUCGGCUACGCGCUAGCUGGCCGGAAUUAUUCCCUGAACGAUUUGGCCGACCCAAAAGCCUUGCACUUGGCGUUUGAUCGCGCCUUGAAAUACUUGUUCUCAGCCACUGUGAGCCGGCUGCUCGUCAACACGACCGACUUUGACGAUCGAAGCGCCACUUCCACCUAUCCCCUAGCCGGCAUCAUUGUCAGCAGACCCUUCUCCGCCGCCGUCGAAGCGCUUCUCGCGGCGUGCGCCAUUCUCACGUUCGUGCUGCUGUGGCUCUGUCGCAAGGAGCCGUGCCAUCUUCGGGCGAACCCAAACUCAAUCUCGCGACUAAACGACAUAUUCCGCAACAGCCACGAGGCUCUGAAUGCAUUCUCCAGGCUCGACAAUGCUGACGGGAAGUCCUUGCACGAGAUUUUCCGGAAUGACAGGUUCAGGCUCACUCGAGCGAAGGGGCACGAGGAUUAUGCCCUGCGCUUGGAGUAUGCGCCGGCCAAUAUCGGCGAGGUAAAAGAAGGAAAGUCUUCAGAACCAUACUACAGUCCGAUACGACCCUUUGCUCUCACGCGUACAAUGGGCUUCAUAUUUCUCUGCAUCAUGGUGGCCGCCCUCGCUGUUAUCAUAGGAUUGAAGUCGGCGGAAUCCUCACGAAACGGACUGGCUCGGCCAUCUCAAUCGUUCGAAGUUCUGCAGCUUCUCGAGAACUACAUCCCCACGGCGUUUGCUACUCUGGUCGAGCCCUUCUGGGUGAUGCUCAAUCGGCUCAUCUGCGUCAUGCAACCCUUCCAGGACCUCUGGGCCGGCAAAGCUCGACCCGCAAAGAGCAUAUACACGACGUACUCAGCCAUCCCCCCGCAACUCACCUUGUGGAGGGCAUUAAAGGCACGGCACUUUGUUCUCGGCUUGGUGUGCUUCACCACCCUGGCCGCGAAUAUGUUGGGAGUCGGUCUGGGCGCCUUGUUCAACGAGAGCCCAACGGCGGUCCGGCACAGCCAAGAAUUCAAGCCCCUGAUAACGUACACGUUUUCAAACGAGUCCAUGGAACAAUGGGACCUCAAGCUGCUAGGUCCUCGCGCGAUGUCGUCGCAGUAUCUCGAUCACUUCACUUUUUCGCUGGCACAUCUGGAGUACGGGACGCCAUUGCCUCCUUGGGUCACUCCCGAAUACUUCUUCCUCCCACAUAGCAUACCCGGAAAUGGCGCGAACCUGUCCACGGAUACAUACACACUGCAGACGCGAGGCAUGGGUGCAAACUUCAACUGCACACCCCUGCCGCCGCUUGAGAUCAACCCUUACGAUCCGGAAAACAAAACCAGUAGCUGCAGCGACCCUCACGCCUGGGCGACCUGGCACAUGCGUGAGCAAAGGUUGUGGAAUGACGUCUCGAACGCAACUGUGGCGACAACAAGGUGCGGUGUUCCGAGCAGAUCCGACAUCCCAAGAGAUUGCUAUGGCCAGUUUGUCAUGGCAUGGGCCCGUUCUCGCAACAAGGACAAGACGGCGGGGACUAUACAUGCCACCUUUGCUGAGUGUCGGCCCGUGUUCGAGACAGCAAUGUUCAAUGUCACCGUCGACGCACAAGGAAACGUCUUGUCGUUCAAUCGAACCGAAGACAUCCAGUCGCACUUGAACUUCAAGAACAAUCAGACCCUCAUCAACCGCCUUGUCCAAACUGCCUCCAGCCUCGUCAACUGCGAUGUAAAGUGGCGCAACGACAGCCUUGCCACGGACUGGAUGUCCUACCUCAUGGCAGAUUUCAUCGGAAACAGGGACUUCAUCACUGCUACGAACCCUCCCCCCGACCCCGCAGCGCUCAUUCCGACGAUGCACCGUGUAUACCGACUGACGUUCAGUCUGCUCCUGGGCCUCGGCCACACCAUCGUGUUCGAUGCCGCCGCCGACGACGAGCCUACUUCCACGGGCUGGAGACACACGCAAGAGACCAAGAUCUUCCUCGACACGGCGCCCCUCAUCAUCACGCUCGUCGUCCUCUCACUCAACGUGGUCGUGGCCGCCCUCUUCUACGCCCGCACCACCGCUUUCGUCCUCCCGCGCAUGCCCACCAGUAUCGGGUCGAUCCUCGCUUACGUUGCCCCGAGUCGCGCUGUCGCGAGCACGAGCCGGGCGGCCCCCCUGCGACAGAGUCGAACGUUCAGCUUUGGACGGUACCGCGGCGUCGAUGGUCUGGUGCACAUUGGCAUUGAGCUAGACCCUCAUGUUGUGCCAAUCGACCCCAACGCCUUGAGGGGCGACGUUGGGCUGGGGUCACGUUUGUGGAGGAGGGUGGCAAGGCGCAAAGGCCGCGGAGGGGGAUUGACCACGUGGUUAUAA